AUGAAGUUCAUGAUCGCCACCGUUGCUGCCUUUGCGGCCACCGCUACUGCUCUCAAGAUCACUGAGCCCAAGGAGAAGGCCCAGUGGGAUCUGUCCCAGACCAACACCAUCAAGUGGGAGCACGUCGACUCCGACCCCGAGACCUUCCAGCUUGUCCUCGUCAACCACAAGACCGGCGGCGAGGAGCCCUUCACCAUCGAGGACAAGGUCAAGACCUCGGACGGCGAGUACAAGCUCACCAACUUCGUCGCCGCUCCCGGUUCUACCUACAGCAUCAAGGCCUACGGCACCGAGAAGACCAACAACGGCCAGCUUUCCGAGUCUCAGACCUUCAACGUUACCAAGUCUGGAGUUGCCGCCACCUCUUCCACCAGCACCGUUAAGCCCACCUCCUCCGGCACCCCCGCCAGCUCGUCCAGCGCCGCCCCCAGCGAGACUUCCAACGCUGCCACUGCUCUCGGCGUCACCUUUGGCGUUGCCGGUCCUCUUGCCGCCGUCUUUGCCCUCCUUUUCUAA